AUGACCCCAGUGGUGACUGUAAUCAAACCACACCUUCUAGGCGACCAGUACCACAUCCUGUGGCCUCUGUGGCCUGCCUCUAGCAUGGCCUCUCUGGAGGAGUCUUCAGAAGCUUCUGCCCCAGCUCAGGGAGCUGGUAUGGAGGUGCAGGACGCAGAAGCAAACCACAGCCCUGGGCGCCGCCGCCUGGGCAAAGGUUCGUUCCUUUUCUUCCCCUCCCCGCCCCACUUGGACGUGCUUGCAGAGGAUGGCGUUGACGAGGCUAUAUUUAUUGUCACCAACCUGUGGUGGAAUUUCAUUACCGGACGUUUCCGCGACCACGAAUACACAGGCGAUGCCCGAUCUACUUUAAAGGCUGAAACCCGCGGGCCUGGGGGACGAAGAGCGUUUCCUGCCGCCGUCGGACAGCGGGGACAGAGCGCCCCAACUCCCUCGGGGGCCCGGAAAGGGCGCGGCUCCGGGACCCAGCACAGUGCGGGAGCCAUGUCUGGGCUUUUCACCCCCAAGACCCUUGUGCUCGUUGUCAUCGUCGUCGUCGUCGUCGUCUCCUCGGUGCUGCCGUCGAUCUCAGCUGACUCUGUUCCAGUCACCCAACAAAACCUAGUUCCCCGGCAGAGAGCGGCCCCACAACAGAGGUUCAGCGCCACGUAUGGAUUGUGUCCGCCUGGAUACCAUAUCUCAGAAGAUGGUAGAGAUUGUAUCUCUUGCCAAAAUGGACAGGACUAUACCCCUCACUGGAAUCACCUCCUUUUCUGCUUUCACUGUACAAAGUGCGAUUCAGGUAAAGUGGAGAUAAGAUCCUGUACCACGAUCACAGACACAGUGUGUCAGUGCGAAGAAGGCAGCUUCCAGGAAGAAGAUUCCCCUGAGAUAUGCCGGAAGUGCAGCACAGGGUGCCCCAGUGGGAUGGUCCUGGUCAGUAAUUGUACACCCUGGAGUGACAUCAAGUGUGUCCACAAAGAAUCAGGCAUCAUCAUAGGGAUUAUGGUUCCAGUCAUAUUGCUGGUUGUAGCUGCGUUUAUUUUGAAGACUUUACUGUGGAAGAAACUCCUUCCUUACCUGAAGGGCAUCGGCUCAGGUCGCGGCCGGAACCUUGAGCGUGUAGACAGAAGUUCACAUGCCCAAGGAGGGCCUGGGACUGAGGACAAUGUCCACAACGAAUCCAUGAGUAUCUUGCAGCCCAUCCAGGACCCUGAGCAGGAAAUGGAAGUCCAGGAGCCAGCAGUGGCAGGUGACAACGUGUUGCCCCCAGGGGAGCCAGAGCAUCUGCUGGAACCGGCAGAACCCGAAGGGUCUCAGAGGAGGAGGCUGCUGGUUCCAGCGAAUGGCGCUGACCCCACUGAGACUCUCAAGCAGUGCUUCCAACACUUUACGGACCACGUGUCCUUUUACUCCUGGGUGCCGUUCAUGAGGGAGCUGGGCCUCACGGACAACGAGAUCGACGUGGCGAGAGCUGAGGCCGCGGGCCCUGGGGACACCUUGUAUGAGAUGCUAAAAAAGUGGGUCAACAAAACGGGGCGGGACGCCUCUGUCAACACCCUGCUGGAUGCCUUGGAGACUCUGGGACAGAGACUUGCAAAGCAGGAGAUCCAGGACUGCCUGGUGAGCUCCGGAAAGUUUGUGUAUCUAGAAGAUAAUGCAGACUCUGCCAUCUCCUGAGUGUGAAUCCCUUCAGGAAGUCAAACCUGCCAGAAAGAGCUUUGCCUUUGUUUCUGGAAAAAGCUGGACCCCAGACAGUGGGAAAGUACAGCUGUCACAUCACCGGUACUGGAAGAAACUCUCCCAUGCAAUAUCACCCCUGGAUGGAACAUCCUAGAACUUUUUCACUGCACUUGAAAAUUCUUUUUAUAUGCUGAAUGUGAUGAUAAGCACACUGUGGAAAUGUCUGGAUGAUUCUAUGUGUGUGUGUAUAUUGAGAGUUGGUUUGGGAUGUCGUUCUCUUUAUGGCACUUUUUUAUCCUAAUGCAGAUGCUUUAUUUACCUGGGUUACAUCGUAUAAUCCAUCUGCCUUAGUAUCUACGCAGUUCUUUAUGUUCAACUUUACUUGAUACUAUAUGAUAUGAACUUUUUUCUGGGGGCGGUCUCACUCUGACUCUCAGGCUGGAGUGCAGUGGUGGGAUCUUGGCUCACCAGAGCCUUGAC